AGCUGUACUCAGCAUGCGCAGGACCUUCCGAUAUUUCUACCAAGCCAUAGUGCGGUAUAAAGAGUCGAGAUGUAACGAUCUGUAUUUUUGUACAGACUGCUCGCUGGCAGUCAAUCCUCCGAAUGGCGAAAUUACUGCUGAAUUUGCAGGUUCUGUUAGGUGUACUUUCGUUUGCCAGUGCUCAAUCCGGAGUAUAUCAACAGUGUGGCGGCAUUGGAUGGACGGGCUCAACUACAUGCGUAAGCGGCGCGGUGUGCACAGUAUUGAACGAUUACUAUUCUCAAUGCUUGCCUGGCUCGGCAACUACGUCGACACCACCGCCAACCACGACUAGCGCUCCACCAACCAGCCCUUCCGGACCAUCGUCGACCAAUACUCCUCCAAGUCAAACCUCGGCUAGUAAUAUAUCUCCAGAAUGGGCGGCUGCAUACUCUAAGGCAAAGACUGCUGUUGCGAAACUUUCUCUCAAUGAUAAGGUGAACCUCGGCACUGGUGUCCAAUGGCAGAAAGGCGCAUGUGUUGGUAAUACUCCUGCAGUGGCUUCAAUCCCGGGUUUCAAUGGACUUUGUUUGGAAGACAGCCCCGUUGGAGUGCGCUACGCCGAUAAGGUCUCUGCAUUUCCGGCUGAGAUCAAUAUUGCUGCUACUUUCAACCGAACGCUCAUGCGCCAGCGUGGUGAAGCGAUGGGCGCGGAAUUCAAAGGGAAAGGAGUCCACGUCGCCCUGGGCCCGAUGAUGAACCUGAUGCGUGCUCCGGCCGCGGGAAGAAAUUGGGAAGGAGGCGGAGGUGACCCGUACCUCUCUGGAGAGAUUGCAUUCGAGACAAUCACUGGUAUUCAAUCUGUAGGCGUUCAGGCAUGUGCCAAACAUUAUAUCAACAACGAGCAAGAACACUUUAGAGAGACCAGUUCAUCGAACGUCGAUGAUAGAACCGAGCAUGAAUUAUAUGCCCACCCUUUCCUGCGUAGCGUGCAGGCAAAUGUCGCAUCUGUGAUGUGCAGCUAUAACCAGAUCAACGGCACCUUUGCUUGCGAAAACGACCAGACACUCAACGGUAUCCUGAAGGGUGAAUUUGGCUUCCAAGGCUACGUUAUGUCAGGUAGAUGCGGUGUGAUUCAAACUCGGUGCAUUACUUACACAUUUUUACUCCGUUCAGACUGGUGGGCAACACAUUCUGGAGCACCCGCUGUGAAUGCAGGUCUCGAUAUGACGAUGCCCGGUGACACUGCGACGAACUCCGGUCAAACUUACUUCGGUCAAAGCCUCGUCAGUGCUGUCCAAAAUGGUCAAGUUUCACAGUCUCGUAUAGAUGAUUUGGCGACGCGCAUUUUGGCAGCAUGGUACCUGGUAGGACAGGAUUCUGGUUUCCCGGCUAUAAACUUCAACGCGUGGAACUCGGGAUCAGGAUCACAUGUUGAUGUUCAAGGAAACCACGCCAGCCUUAUUCGUACUAUUGGAGCCGCCUCCACGGUCUUACUUAAGAACACCGACAAUGCUUUGCCUUUGAAAGCUCUCAAGUCGAUUGCGAUUGUAGGCAAUGGAGCUGCCUCAUCAUCCAAAGGGCCGAACGGUUAUUCGGACCGAGCUGGUGAUGAUGGUGUCCUUGCUAUGGGAUGGGGAAGUGGAACUGCUGACUUCCCAUAUCUUACCGCUCCUGCAGACGCAAUCACAACGAGAGCGAAAGCGGAUGGUACAACAGUCAGCACGUCCCUGAGCGAUACAGACCUCACAGGGGCUGGUAGUGCAGCAGCUAAUAAAGAUGCUGUGUUGGUAUUCAUUACUGCAGACAGUGGCGAGGGGUAUCUCACAGUUGAAGGCAACGCAGGAGACCGAAACAAUUUGAACGCGUGGCAUAAUGGGGAUGCUCUUGUACAGAAGGUGGCCAGCGUGAACAAGAAUACGAUUGUUGUCGUCAAUAGCGUCGGACCAAUUCUGGUUGAAGCUUGGAUCGACCAUCCAAACGUGACUGCUUUGGUGUGGAGCGGGCUUCCCGGACAAGAAGCUGGAAACGCCGUUACGGAUGUGCUAUAUGGUGCCUACAAUCCUGGUGGUAAAUUACCGUACACAAUAGGGAAGACCAUCAACGAUUACUCUGCUCAAGUGGUAACUAACGGUGGUGGCACGGUGCAAAUCCCAUAUAACGAAGGCCUUUUCAUUGAUUAUCGUCACUUCGAUGCGGCAAAUGUCACACCUCGCUUCGAGUUCGGGUUCGGGUUGUCAUACACUACGUUCAGUUAUUCAGACUUGAGCAUCACCGGUUCAACAAGUGGAGGCACUCGCCAGCCAAUUGGCCCCGGAGCUGCAUUAGACCCUUGGUUGCAUGAUCCUGUUGUCACUGUGUCUUUUGCGCUGAGCAAUAAUGGAACAGUUGCAGGCACAGAGGUACCUCAGUUGUAUCUAUCCCCACCGGCGUCCGCCAAAUCGGCACCAUCUAACUUGAAGGGUUUCGACAGCGUUUUCCUCGCGCCUGGCCAAUCCAAGACAAUUUCGUUCAGUCUUUCUCGUUAUGAUUUCUCAGUCUGGGACGUGCCGACACAGAGUUGGCAGAUUCCCAGUGGUAGCACUGGCAUAUCUGUCGGAGCCAGCAGCCGAGACUUGAGACUGAAAGGUUCAAUCAUGAACUGAUACUGAAUUGAAUUUGUACGCUAUUCUACGAGUCGCUACAUAUCCCU